AAAAAUAUUUAAUUAUUAAAGAAAUCUUUUUAUAUUAUAUUUUUUAUAUCAUAUCAUAUUAUAUAUAACUCCAACCUAACCCUAAUUGAACGAAGUUCAUAGUUUAAGAUAAAAACUUCGUUUAAAGUGAAGCAGAAUUAAAAAUACGAAAACAUAUUUAUAUAUAGAAAAGGUACAAGUUUAUAAGAAGAAGUUAACAGGAUAAAAAAUAAAUUUUACAAUUCUGACAACUAUAACCAACGAUGAUCGACGUAACUAUCCUAUCGACCGUGGAGAAGGAAAGAAAUUCUCGACGUCACGUCGGGUGGUGUCAAUUAGGCGCGUAUUCGCACGCGAAGACCGGAAGAAAGCGUUUAUUGGUCACAUAAUGUGUAUAUUCAAAAUAUUGCAAGGCAAGCGUUUCUACUCGAAACACCUAAAAAAUACUAUUCUCUAGUAUUUUCAGUUCAUAAUGAAUCAUCAUCCUACAUCGCAGCUUUAUAAAAUGAAGAAGAACGUAGAACCCAUAAAAUCUAAAACAGACUCGAAAGAAACAACCAACGAAAAUAAUCAAGAUACGCGUCCAAGAGACUUGGCAGAAAGUCAAAUAUCAGAUACCGAGUCCAAACCGGAAAUGUCUGACCAGGAACCAACAGUGGUGGCACCACGGAGCGGAAGUAGCUUUUUAAAGCGCGACAAGGUGAGUGAUAUCUCUCCAAAGCAAUUGUCGAUCGAUUCAAAAAAUUCUUCUACGAAAACUUCCUUAAAGUUCCUCAAAAUAAUCUCCAAUGAAGAAACUCAUGAAAAUAAAUGGAAAAAAUUUUGGGUUCAUCAUCGAGACAAGUUUCGACACAAGUCCGAGGAAGAUUUCAUAACGAGAAAUCGAACUUUUGAAGAGAUGACAGCGGAAGUGGAUGCGGUAUUCCGAAAGGCGAUUCGAAGCAUGCGAUUCGAUCGAUCCGAUACCGAUCGUCGAUUUUUUAACACUGACGAGAGUUCUCCAGAGAAAAAUGCUGGCCAAGAUGAUAACAAAAACACUGCAAGCAUUUCAGAGUUACCGCAAGCCGUCGAAGCGCCACCUCGAAGAUUAAGAUUGAGUACCAGUCGUAUAAAAGACCGUAAGUUCAUGGACGUUUUGGCAGGUGAGCGAGGUACCUUUAAGAAAAAAUCCGAGAAAAAUGAUCCUACUCUCAUAGCUUCUGGCGUCAACGAAGAAAAACAGAAAGAAAAUACAUUUAAAGCUAAUAGUGAAAUAUCUGAUAUUAAUUUCCUCGUAGGAAUCAGUGACGAAGAGAAAGAUGUUCGAUUGGAGAAUAAGAUUAGAUCGGAUCGUUCGACUAGAAGGUGGAGUUCGUUGGAAAAUUUAGCGAGAAAGGCGGAAAAUGUUGGAGAAGGUUCUUCUACAAAUAGGAUAGAAGGUUUGUCGAUCGAAAGACCAGUUCGAAGCAAAGAGAAGAGAACGAUCGGAUCUUUGAGAUCUUCGUUGGAGAGGAAGAUGGGCUCUGUGGAGAGGAUCUUGGAGGAUCAGAUAGAGAAAAUAUGGGAGGAGAAGGUGGAGAAGCAUCCGUGGCUGCUGCCUAUAGAAAGUUGGAUCGUUGAACGUUGUAGGGCCUCUGGAACGUAUUCUAUCGUUCACGACAGGAAAAAUAGUGGUUUGAAGAUGGAGGAGGGGAGGUUGAGCGAGAAAGAGCAGAGUUUUGAUUUCAAAUUUACCGCGCCUGAAAAGAAGGACGAGGAGGGAAGAAUAGAGAUUAAAUUGGAACAUUUAAAGAGAUCGGAGAAAUCGGGAUUAGAGACUGCAAAUUUGAUUUCGAGGUUGAGGAAGUCUUCUUCUGAACAGUCGAAGGUAGAGGAGCAAGAGGUUUUGGACGCGAAGGACGUGAAGCAUCAUGAUCUGUUCGAUAAACUCAAGGGCAAUGUUAGAGAGAAAAUGGAAGAUAUUCAUAGGUAUUUUCAAAGGACCAAUCGAUUGGCGGACGUAAAUAGACGGUUAAAGUCACAGAUAUGGAGCUCCGUGGUAACGAUUGUUCUUGUGGAGGCGAAGAAUUUAUUACCGAUGGAUAUAGACGGUCUUUCGGAUCCCUAUGUCAAAUUUCGUCUCGGAACAGAAAAGUACAAGUCAAAAGUAGUGCACAAGACCUUGAAUCCCGUUUGGUUGGAGCAGUUCGAUCUCCAUCUUUACGAAGAUCCUUAUUUAGGCCAAGAAUUGGAGGUCACGGUGUGGGAUCGGGAUAAAAGCCAUCAGGAUGACCUAAUGGGAAAAACGGUAAUCGAUCUGACGACGCUUGAACGUGAGACGACCCAUCGACUCUGGCGGGAUCUCGAGGAUGGCUCUGGCAGUAUAUUUUUACUGUUAACUAUUAGUGGUACCACCGCUAGCGAAACGAUCAGCGAUUUAGCCGCUCACGAAGACACACCUCGUGAACGUGAGCAAUUAUACCAAAGAUAUGCUUUGGUGAACUCGUUGCAGAGGGUACGAGACGUUGGUCAUUUAACAGUAAAGGUAUUCAGAGCACAAGGUCUCGCGGCAGCCGACUUGGGUGGUAAGAGCGACCCUUUUUGCGUCUUGGAAUUGGUAAACGCAAGAUUGCAAACCCAGACGGAAUAUAAAACGCUUGCUCCAAGUUGGCAGAAAAUAUUCACUUUUAACGUGAAAGAUAUCAAUUCGGUGUUGGAGGUGACAGUGUACGACGAGGACAGGGACCAUAAAGUAGAGUUUCUCGGCAAAGUCGCUAUACCUCUUCUAAGGAUAAGGAACGGUGAGAAACGAUGGUACGCGUUAAAGGACAAAAAACUGAGGGGUCGUGCCAAAGGAAAUUCUCCGCAAAUUCUUUUGGAGCUGAACGUGGUGUGGAACGUUGUCAGAGCAUGUGUUCGAACGUUAAAUCCCAAGGAGAAGAAGUACAUGGAACCAGAGAUAAAGUUCAAAAGACAGGUGUUUUUACGUAACGUUCUCAGGCUGAAGGCAAUCAUCGUUAUCGUGAUUGAUAUUGGAAAAUACGUGCAGAGCUGUUGGGAAUGGGAAAAUAAAAUGAGAAGCAUCAUCGCACUGGUCAUCUUUAUUUUGGGCUGUUACUACUUUGAACCUUACAUGUUUCCUGGAGUAGCACUCCUUAUCCUGUUAAAGUAUUAUCUGCUUUAUGGAGAUGGAAGCGGAUUCAAUCAAUGGAUUUCCGCACAGGUUGCGGUAAUAACCGGUGCGCCCUUAUCGCAUCAAUCGAGUUCCCACUUCCACGACGAGGGUGACGAAGGUCCUGCCACUCCUGGGGACGACGAUGACGACGAUGACGAUAAGGACAAAGAAGAGAAAAAAAGUCUAAAGGAACGCUUGCAAGCGAUUCAGGAGGUCACCCAGACUGUUCAGAACUCGAUCGGUUACAUAGCCAGCCUCUGUGAAAGAGUGAAGAAUCUCUUCAAUUUCACUGUUCCUUAUUUGAGUUAUUUAGCCAUGAUUUUGGCGAUCCUCGGUGUUGCUGUCCUGUAUUUCAUCCCACUAAGAUACCUUAUCCUAGUAUGGGGCGUCAAUAAAUUCUCCAGGAAAAUUGUCCGGCCUCACUCGGUUCCAAACAACGAGCUUCUAGACCUCAUAACUAGAGUGCCCGAUGACGAGGAGCUUCUUAAUUACAGAGAGUUGAAACCAUUACCAACUGCCGAUUGCGAGAAGAGCAGUACAUCGGGCAGUCCAGGUGCGUCGAAUUUAACGCGGAGGGAACAGAGGAAAAGACAUAAGGCCGCGUAGCAGCAUGCCCCGCGGCCGGAAGUCGCGGGUCUACGAUCACCGAGCAUCCUGAGGACGGUCCUGCUGCGCCGUAAGAUGCGCCAGCGAAAGGGAUCAGCGGAGUAUCCGGAUGUGAUCGACAUAGACUGAGAAACGUUUUGUUUCCACUCGUAGUUGUCUAGCUAGGGGGGGAUUUUCAUCAUUCUAGUUUCCAGUCUUAUCUGGUCACGUUAAGAACACCUCGCGUGGUAUAUCUUCGAAGUCUGAACUAUUUUAUUCUCAGUGAGGGUAGUUUUGCAUCAUAUUAUGAAGAGAAAUAGGAAAUAGAUAAGAUAUAGUUAGAGGAUGAAAGAGAUCAACCACCAGAUGGUCGAGUUCACUGCAAUAAGAAAGAGAAAAGAAGAUUGUAAUCGCAAUAUUCAGAAGGACUUCCGCAUUUCUAUAGUAUAAGAUAUUCAAAGUUUCAACUAUAUUCGGUAAUUAAAUACGUAUAUUCGUAAUAUAAAAUCGCUAGAUACGUUUAACGAACACGCUGGAAACAUCUGUCAGCGUUUACCAAGCGAUAUUUCUCACGACGAAAUCUCUGAGACAUACCACGCAAAAUUGUUAUUAGAUACUGUUUCGAUUCGAUAGUUGGAACGAGUCGACGUAGAAAUACAUCGAGAAUUUCAUUAAAAGAAGCAAAUGAUAUCUUUUCAUUUAUGUAGUAUUUCUGGAAUGUAAACGUGCAGCACAUUAGUAGUUGUAUCGAACGACUCGGCUAUAAUGGUGUUGGUGAGUCUGUGUGAAUGAUCGUCGACAAGGAAGUCAAAAUGAAAGAUGCAAUUUCCUAAUAACGCUCUCAUGAAAUUAACGACAGUAAAAUAUUGAAUUUUAUUCUGAAUAUAUAAUAUCUAUUUCCUUGAAAAUUAAAAAAUUCCAUAAAUUUGAAUGAAACGAGUUUAAUAAACAUGACGUCAAGAAAGGAAACAAGUUGCGAUAAAUUAUCGUUUGACUUUCCUGUUUGAGAAAAAACGAAGAAAAACACGAAUAGACAAACGUUUUUGAAAGUAUAUAUAUCUUGUUUGAACGGAAGAACCGCGUUUCAAAUGUAUCAAAACUCAACGAAGAAUGUGCGUUCAAUAGCGGUAUAUUAGCUAACAAUAUCGACGGAGAAGAGAUACCAUAGUCAUUUAAAGAAGAAAAACGAGAAAAAUACGCGAGAAUAAUUCCCACUAACGGGCUAUCCUCGUCGAUCCGUUUCGUCCAUCGGUGUCGUAGAUAUAGCUGCUACAGAAUCGUUACCAGUGACAGAGAGAAAUAUUAACAAGUUUAAAAGAAAAAAAGAGGAAAAAAUAUAAAAAAAAGAAAGGAACAAAAAAAGACAAAUAUAGUUGUUCUACGGCGGUCUUAUUUAGCCGACAAAAUUCGCUCGACGAGUUGUUUCUUCCAUUUCAAGAACGACGAAUAGAAUUAGUUAUUCAACAUUCACACAUCUAAACUUUAUUCUAUAUACUAUAUUAUUGUAAAAGAAGAAAGUAAUAACAGUUCGAUCGGUAUAUGUAGUCUGUUCUUAUUCGAGUCUUCGUGCUACCUCGUGCUGUAAUUAUCGCGUUAUAGUCUUACGAUUGUAAUUUUACUAUUCAACGAUCGCCGAGGAGCUAUUCGUCGUUCGUGAAAUCAGUUUAUUAUUUAGUCUUUUACCGUUGAGACCUCUCGAAGUGUCCUAAUGUUAUUUUCUUUAAAUAGUAUUUAAUAUUAUCGAAUUCUUCGUUCCAACGCACACUGUCACGCGUUCAUUCGCCUCCUCGAGCAUGAAUACAAUAAAAUUAACAUAUGCUAUAACGAGCAUCUUUGCGUGUGGAAAAUUGUAAAAAGUGACAGAGUUUCUCUUUACGGUUGAAUGAUAGAAUUUUAUUACAACUGUUCACGUUAUAACCAGGAACAUAUCGCAGUUUAAAUAAAAGGAAAAUAUUCAAUUUCUAAUAGAAUCGUGCUGGGUAAUGGCAUUAUGCGAUUUCUUUGUACAAAUCAUGGUAAUUAACGAAGAAACCGUGGAAAAUAUUAGUCGUGCGUGAAGAUGUUCGGAAGAAACCGGAAAAAAGCAUAGAAAGGGGCAGAAAGUUUCUCCGGCCAGUUGUAUUACUAUUUUUAUAACAAUAAUAGUUAUCGCUGUCCUCGUGACAAUAGUUUGUAGCUCUUGCGAUUAAAUAACGUUCCAUACAGACCUCGUAACUUUCUUCAUUGUGAAUAUUACGCUGCGUUCUUUUUAUACCGGUUUUUCUCUCAUUGUGUAAUCAUCAUCAUAAUAUUGUCUCUGUAAAAAGGAAAAACCACGUUACUUCCGUUAUUUAUGUUCCAUUUCCGGAUAGUUACGAGCUCGCGUUGUCGCAAAAGCAAUAAUAGCCAAAUAAAGAUAUUAAUAUUACAAUUUUAAAAGUUGUACAUCAAGUGUUAUAUGAAAAAUAUCGUAAAAUCAUGCGAUGACUAGCAUGAGACUAGUAAAAGAUUCAUAAAAUAAUUAUAAACGAAAUUUUGUAUUUUCGAGUACGUUUUAAGGAAUUUAUUAUAGAGUAAAAUUUGGCUAAUUAGCGAUCUGUCAAAUGAAUAUUGCUAAAUCCGCCAUGGCAAACAUGCUUGAGGAGGGAGGCAAAACGCGUUGAAUUAAUUAUUCCUAACCGCGAUUUUACGGUUCGUGCCAGCCGAUGAGAAAGCUGAAAGGGGAAGGAGAGAUAUCGCUGAUCCAUUUUUUCGCUUUUCUAACUCGGAACAUCGCGGCAUCGCCAUUUUUGUCCAAGUCUUUCGCUAUCGUUUUUCUCGCUGUUUCUUGUAUUCGCAUGAUCGUGAGGUUCAUGAUGUCAGUAAAACCACAAAUGUUGUAAAAGAAAGUUGUAUCUUUCGAGUACAUUUUCACUCAUAUUUGACCCUUUGAAGCGUUAUAAAUAUUUUUUAUAUUUCAUUCGAAAUUUUUAUCUCCUUUUUAAUACAUUUGUAUAAUAUUUUUAUAUAUUCAAUUAUACAUAUUUUAUUUUUUGUAUAUUUAUAAGGAUACAGAGAUACAAUUAUAUUGUUGAAUUUAUAAGUCUGCAAUUCUAACUUAACUGUAUAAAACAAAUUUAUUAUGGCUGCUUAGUACAGUCUUUUAAAAUGCAGUUUGUGUUAAGAUGAAAAUUUCAGAUGAUCGAAAAAGAAGUUACUAACAGACUGAAAUUAUUUUAAACAAUUAAUUCAUGUAAACACACAGAAUAUUUUUUAGCAUUUAAAUUUAUGAACUACAUAAUUUUAAUAUCUUGUACGCAUAUUUACAUAUUUAUAUUCGAAAUGUUGAAAGAAAUUAUAAAAAUUACUAGAACUAGAAUUAGUUCUUAGACUAUUAAAAUUAAAUAGUAGAUACUAAAAUUAUCCUAGCUAAAUCGUCGUUAAAUAACAUGAUCGGUCAACUGUGAAAUUGACGAAUCGUAAAGGAAUCGUAAAGGAAUCGUACUUGAAAUCAUGACUGAAAGUUCCGUUAGCGUAAUUCUAUCCCCAUCUUCCGUAUUUUAUCUUGGUAGGGAAUUAAAGAAACCGGACUAUGACCGGAAGUAGUUCGCGCUUCAAAGGGUUCAAAUGUAAGUAAUAUCGGCCAUAAGUAUUAAGACAACUCUUGAUACUUAGUACAAAUUAGAUGCAUUUCACUGUUUUUAUUUUUGUUACAAAUGUGUUAUUUCAUUUGCGUUACUUAUGUUUUAUAAAGUAAAAAACUAAAUGAAAUAAAAUUUAUUUGAAUUAUUUAAUAAAAUCUUAUGGGUCGGCAAAGGAA